CAUUUAUUUCGACUUGAAUAGCUCAUAGUCAUAGAGGAAACGAUCCCUUUCAGGCUCUUCAACUCAACGGAUUUGCUGUCUUUCCUCGUCUGAUUGAAGAAAGGAAAGGAAAGGAAAGCUUAGUAACCCGUCUGAAGCGAAGUGACAUUAUCUGUCUCUGUUUUCCAGUUUCUUGAUCUUCUUGCUUAUGAAAUGGCGACACCCAUCUCAAACAAGCACCUCCCCGCUGGUCUCAUGGAGUCCAAGGUUAGAGUUGUGGUGAGAAUCAGGCCGUUCCUGCAGUCGGAAAUGGAUCCUUCCGGCAAGGAGCCCCUUCCCUGCGUCUCUUCCGUCAUGCAAGAAGAUGGGUCCAGUCAUGGAGUCGAUGUUCAUCUCCAAGAUCAAUUCACGAGUAGGAACGAGUGCUACAGGCUCGACUUCUUCUAUGGACAGGACAGCGAAGUUGGCCAGAUUUUCAACAGAGAUGUCAGCCGUCUCCUUCCCGGGGUUCUUCGUGGAGAUAAUGCUACUGUUUUUGCAUAUGGAGCAACUGGUAGUGGAAAGACAUAUACAAUGCAGGGGACGGAUGAGCAUCCUGGACUGAUGCCAUUGACUAUGUCGAGCAUCAUGUCGAUGUGUGAGAUGCACGGUUACUUGCUAGAUAUUUCAUAUUAUGAGGUUUACCUUGAUCGGUGUUACGACUUGCUCGAGCCUAAGAUGAAGGAGGUGUCUGUACUGGAGGACAGAGAUGGUAAAAUUCAACUGAAGGGUCUUUCUCAGAUACCGAUACGGUCAAUCGAGGAGUUCCGUCAAGUUUUCUCCCAGGGGAUUCAGAGGCGUAAGGUGGGGCAUACUGGCCUCAAUGAUGUAUCCAGUAGAAGCCACGGAAUUCUUAUGGUUUCAGUAUCUAAAACAGAGGGUUUGAACACUUCAUUAGUCGGGAAGAUUAACCUUAUAGACUUGGCAGGCAACGAAGACAACAGAAGAAGCUGCAAUGAUGGCAUCCGGCUUCAAGAGAGUGUCAAAAUAAACCAAUCUCUGUUUGCCCUUUCCAAUGUGAUUUAUGCAUUGAACAGCAAUCAGGCCCGUAUUCCAUAUAGAGAAAGCAAAUUGACCCGGAUUUUGCAGGAUUCUCUUGGUGGUACUAGCCGGGCCCUAAUGAUCGCUUGCUUGAAUCCAGCAUCAUACCAAGAAGCUGUUCAUACUGUAAGCUUAGCAGCUCGAUCUCGCCAAAUUGUAAAUUAUGUAGCUCCAGGUAGGAAACAGGAAACUCCAAGAGAAAAGGUUGACAUGGAAGCAAAGCUUCGAGCUUGGCUUGAAUCCAAAGGCAAGACAAAGGCUACACCAGUCAGUUCUGCAAAGAAGGUAACAUCAUUUAAGUCUUCCGGGAGAGUUAAACUGGCCAACAAAAUGCCUUCCGACUUAAGAGGGAGAAAACUUUUUGAGCCCCAAACGGCGGGUCCUUUGAGAGAGACUGCAGAGGAUAACUGCUCAACUAAUUUCUCAGCGAUUGUUCAGAUACCAGAAUCCCAGAAGGAAAAAGUUUUCCUGGAAAGCUCGUCAUCCAUGACCUCAGUAUCUAUGGACUGUUGUGUCUUUAGCGAGGCUGUAUUGUAUCUUAAGGAUGAUGACGGCUACAAGUGCAUGGAAACCACACAUCAUAACAAGGAAGUGGAGGUUGCCAACGAGAGCAACUUCUGGAUGCCUUUAACCGCUAUAGUUGAUCAGUUUAUGGAUAAGGAGAACUUGAUGUCUCCAACGGCCACCAUCCAGAUGAGAGCACAGCAAAGUCCUUCAAGGAAUGUACUUUCUCCAGUGAACACGAAUAUUAGUGGGUCAAUACUGGAAGAUACACCACACAAGCCUCAAGCCAACGAAGUUCCACGUCAUUCAAAAGCUGCAGCAGUGACUGUGCCACGUGUCCUGAAUCAUGAUGAUGAUGAUGAUGAGGCACUUCGUGAAGGCACUCCUCUUGACAAAUUUCAUGCACAAGGAUCUAGUUUGAAGAAUUCCCUCAUUAAAGGAUAUCUGAAAUUAUUGAAUACAGCUAGCAGAGAGGAGCUAAUGGGCUUAAAGGGUAUUGGACAGAAAAGGGCAGAUUACAUUCUCAAUCUUAGAGAACAAUCACCACAGCCUAUCAAAACACUAUACGAUCUAGAGAAAAUUGGCAUGUCGUCCAAGCAAGUUGAAGGCAUGUUCAAAAGAGCUGCAAGGAGCUUCUUCACUUAGACGAUUUGCGGAAGUCUAACCCUCACAAACCGGAGAUUGAUUGCCAAGUUUUCACCCCUAACAGAUUGGAGUGAGCAGAUCGAUGUGAAGUUCAACCAACUCAUCUGACAGAUACAUGGUUAAUUGUAUCUGGUGCUUCCUGUAACAUUGUACUACUAAAUUUAUCCUGAAAGCCACGGAAAAAAUAGAUGCCGUGUAUGGUAGACCUUUUUCCUAUUAAAGUAUAUUGUUAUAUUUAAUUCCA